AUGCUACUCGUAUUGCCGAACAUUCGACCUCCCCUUUUAGAUCUUAUUGCUACAAAUAUUCCUAACAAUUUAAGUCGUAGCGGAGUUAUUAGCACGGGCCUUAGCGACCACGAGAUGGUAUAUUGUGUUCGGAAAGCGAAUUGGAAGAAAUUUCCUGCACAAACAAAACAGUUCAGGAAUUAUGCAAAAUACAAUGGUGAAUCCUUUUGUUCAGAUUUGAAUAAUGUUGACUGGGAGAGCAUAGGCAAUCCCACCGAGGACGCUAAUGUAUCGGUUAAUGAACACUGGUCAAAUUUUAAAGUAAAAUUUAUGGAUGUUGCUAAUUUGCAUGCACCACUUUUGGAAAAAUGUGUUCGUGGUAACCCAUGUCCUUGGUUAACAGGCGAAAUAAAGAGGGAAAUCCGACAACACAAUUAUCUGUUGCGCAAAGCCAAACAAUCGCAUGCAACAGAGGACUGGUUAGCUUAUAAAUCACAUCGGAAUCGAGUAACAAAAUCAAUCAAAAUUGCAAAAAGUAAAUAUAACAUAAAGGUUAUUGAGGAUUGUGGAGGUAAUCCGAAAGCAUUCUGGCAAGCGAUUAAGAAAAUUAUGCCAGGUGAAACGAAAACUGUUUUGUCAAGUUUUAAAGUCGAAGGACAGGUAAUUACAGAUUAUAAAACAAUUGCUGAGAGCUUUAAUAAAUUCUUUCUUGGAACUGUCGGUCGGCUUGUUAAAACAAUGAAUGACUCUGUUAUGUCAUUCAUUGGUCGUACGUGUAAUUCUUCUACCAUGCGUGUGCAUGGAACAGCUUCUUCUUUUGAAUUUGAAGAAAUCUCGGAACAGUUUAUAUACACCCAGUUGCAUAAGUUGAAAACGAGUAAGGCUGUUGGUUUAGAUCAGAUGCCAUCCCACCUAUUGAAGGAUUCUGCAAGUCUAAUUUCUAAACCUCUUGCUACUAUUAUGAAUUUGUCUAUUUCCCAAGGUCGUAUACCUUGUGACUGGAAAAUCGCUAGAGUGCUAUCACUGUUUAAAGGUGGAAAGAAGUGUAAUAUGGAUAAUUAUCGUCCUAUCUCUAUUCUCCCGACGGUUUCAAAGAUUUUGGAGAGGGCAAUCCAUACACAGCUGUGCCGGUUCCUUACGGCGAACAACAUUCUCAGUUCUUCUCAAUGCGGGUUUCGAAAGGGUUAUUCCACAGAACAUGCUGUCAUUGCUUUGACUGAUCAUAUUCGUCGAGGUAUGGAUCAAGGGCUGAUAACGGAAUCAGUCUUUAUAGACUUGCAAAAAGCCUUCGACACUGUGGAUCAUUACCUGCUAACCGAGAAGUUACAGGGUUAUGGAGUUAAUGGUAAAAGCUCGAUUGGUUUGUGGAUUACCUGCAAAAUCGUAAGCAAGUUGUUCAGUUUGGGAAUGCUUAUUCAGAACCCGGCACUGUGUCAUUUGGGAUACCUCAGGGCUCUAUAUUAG